UCUAGCUUCACUUGUGUUAUAGUACUGAUAACAUAUCGAUUGUGUGAUGCGAUAAGAAGAUCAUCCUGACCAUAUUGUAUGCCCUAUGACACACCACUACUUUAACAACUUGCCACUCAAAACAACUAUACCAUGUACUGUUAGUGAUUCCAAAUAAUCAUUUCUCGAAGAAUGAAUGAAAUCAACGAUGGCUGGUAUUCAGCGAAAAAGCAAAGUGAAGCCCAUGUACAAACUGAAAUGUGUCGUUGUUGGAGAUUUAGGAGUAGGGAAAACUACCCUAGUUAGAUCUUUUGCAGAAGAAGGUCAGAUCAAAGGAGAGAAAAUUCAUCAUAGAGGCAUGUGGAAAAAGGAAAUAAUCAUGGACUCGUGUGCCGUCUAUCUCUCUAUUUGGGACACUGCAGGUCAAGAAAGGUAUCGAAGUCUGACAGGAUCAUACUAUAGGGGAGCCCACUGCUGUAUGAUUGUGUUUGACGUGAACUCUUUAACUUCGUUCCAGAAUGUACGAGAAUGGUAUGACAACAUCGAAGAGUAUGCAGAGCACCCUAACGAGAUAAUUAAAAUGCUUGUCGGGACUAUUCGAAAGCAGAAUCACAGGGCGGUAAGCCCAGAAAAGGCUGAGAGGCUUGCUGAACACUUAGGUCUAUCAUACCAGGAAAUCGACUUUGAGAGUCAAAACAACGUCAAGGACUUGUUUGAAACGCUAGCGGAUUUAACAUUGGUAGUGUAUAGAGAAAAUAAGUUCCAGUCGAACGUUCCAGUGAUAUUGCUCCCGAAAAAACGCCAAAAGACCUCUUUAUGCUCAUGUUGAUAAUGUCGAAUUGCG